AAUAAUAGUGAUACAAUAAUAUUCCCAGCGGUUUUUUACACUUGCACGAUACAUUAUUGUUCUCUGAAUAAUAUAAAAAAUUAAAAAGAAAAGUUUAAAGGUUCCUAAAUUAAAAAGAAAAGACAAUGUCGGAAAAACCAACAGUUUUAUUAUUGGGAGGUUGCGGUUUUAUUGGACGCAAUUUAUUAACUUAUUUGGUCGAGAAUGAUUUGUCACAGGAAAUACGUGUCGUUGAUAAAACGCCUCCACAAAUGGCCUGGCUGAAUGCAAAACAAUCUAAGGCCUUUGACAACGAAAAAGUUGAAUUUUGCAGUGCAAAUCUGAUAAAUCAAUAUUCCUGUAAAAAUGCUUUUGUACCACACCCAACAACUGGUCGUUCGUGGGAUUUGGUAUUCAAUUGUGCUGCCGAGACUCGUCCUAAUCAAACAGAUGCCGUUUACAAAGAGGGCAUUCUAAAAUUGAGCUUAAACUGUGCCAACGAAGCUAUGUCCAUUAAGGCUCAACGUUACAUUGAAUUUAGCUCCGGUUGUGUAAAUAGCUCCGAAAAGUAUCCAUUAAAAGAAGACUGCAAACAUGAUGCCUGGACUGCAGUCGCAAAAUAUAAACUUAAGGUUGAAAAAGAAUUACAGACAAUGGAGAACUUUGAUUACACUGCAGUGCGUUUGCCGGUAGUAUACGGUUUUGGUGAUAAACGUUAUUUGAUGCCCCGUAUAAUUAUUGCUGCCAUUUACAAACAUUUAAAUGAAACUAUGAAACUUCUUUGGAACGAUUCUAUGAGAUUAUCAACUGUGCAUGUUGAUGAUGUUUGCGCUGCCGUUUGGGAAUUGGCUACAAGUCCAAAGGCCAAUCGAGAAAUAUAUAAUAUUGUUGAUGAUGCUGAAUCCACUCAGGGGACUAUAAGCGAUAUAUUAGCUGAAAUAUUCUCAAUAAAUAUUGACUACUUUGGCAUAGUAAUGUCAAAUCUUACCAAGCUAAGUCUCUCCGAUACUGUAAACGAAAUUAAUGAUAAACAUUUAUCACCAUGGGCGGAAAUAUGCCAACAAGAUGGUUUAACAAACACACCACUCACUCCCUAUUUGGACGAAGAGCAAUUGUAUCAUAAACACUUGAAUUUGGACAAUACAAAACUAAAAGAAUUUGGGUAUCAAUUGAAACAUCCCAAAGUCACUACAGAUCUUGUUAAGGCUAUGGUAGAUGAUUAUAUUGAGCAAAAACUAUUUCCUAAAUCAUUAUUUUUUUAAAAAGAGAGUAGAAUUCGCCCAGGAUACUCUGAUAUAUUAGUUAGGAACUUAAUAUUACAUGAGUGCUGUGCUAAAAUCGAUAGACUGCACCUCGAUUUUGUGGGUCACAAUUAUUUUUAUUAUAUUAGAUACUUAGAUAUUUUUUGAAAGACGUUUGAAUAUUAUAUAUAGAUAUGUAUACAUUUAUGGAAAACCUUAACUAUUAAAGGUACAACUAUACGAACUAUUACGUAAAUAUAAUGACCGAAAGAAAUUCUAGUUUGUAUAGAUUUUUAUGGUACGAUUCGUCGGAGUAAAUUUCUUUAUAUAACUUGAUAAAGUUAACGAUACGUUGUAUUAGUUGUGGCCUAACUCAACUCAAUAUUUUUGAAUAAUUGUAUGUAUUAAACAAAACUAUACUACUAUAUAUUUGUAUUUGCCUUUUCCCCACUAAUUCCCUACCAAUCUCCCUCCCUUAAAGUGUACUUAUAGUAUUAUUGUAGUCAUGUUAAUGAUCUUCAUUUAUAAAUGUAUUCUAUUUCUUAAUGAAAGCAACGCAAUCUGUCAAUUGAUAUUAAAAAUAUUAUUUUGGUAUUAUUAACGCUUUAUUAAAAGGAAUGAUUGAUAUUAAAAACUAUUAUAAUUUAAAGAAUAUUAAACCUUAUAUUAUUUAUCUUUAAUUGCACAUAAAUAAAACACUAGAACAGAAUCAAAAUAUAUUUUUCUGUGGAUAUUAUUUAUACAUUAAUGGUUCUAUAAGUAAAAAGAAAGAAAAAUUGUCAUAUUUGUGUGCCAAAAUAAAUGAAAUUAAAAUCUUUAA